CACCCCGUGAAUCGUCCCUGGGAUCCCAAGAGAACCCUCGUCGUGCCAUCCUCUUCUCAACAGAUUUUGGAUCCUCUAGUCCGCCAAGGGCCAGCUGACACGGAGCAGCGCUCUUUCCGUUGUCCGUUUCUUCCAUCAGUCGCUCGUCCGGAAAGGUUCGCGCUACGCGGGCUACCCCCCGCGAUCGCAUCCACCCCUCCGGUGGCCUCGGGUUCUGAUCGGAGUAUCGGUCGCGUAUCCCAACCGAUCGAUCGCUCGAUCAUGAAGACAGUCGGCCCGCCGACGGAUUUCCAUCGACGUCGCUCGUCAUUUUCGUGAUGUUGACGUGAUCUCGUUGAUGACGUGAAGGAAAACUCUUGUGAUACCGAUGUGUCGGAAGUGAUCCGAAUCCUCGUCUCGUCCAGAAUCAUUUGGAAGAUCUAGGAUUCCGGAUCCGAGACAAACUACCGAUGAACGGUCUUGAUCUGUCUCGGUCCGCCGUGGAUUGCAAGAUGAACGGAAGCAGCGACGAAGGUGAGUCGACGUCGGGCGCGACUGGCGGGGGGGGGGGCAGCGAGAACGCAGAAAUGGAGGAGAACGGAUCGACACGCACGAGCAGCAACAGUAGCAGCAACAAUCCCGUUUACAGAGAUCUGAAACUACUUCAAACCGGCGAAGUUCUGCAGGAGUAUAGUCCACAAUCGCGGACCCCUUAUCAGCAGCGCGGAUACUCGCCGGGGAUAGACCGACAACGGAACUAUGAGAAGGAGCAACUUCAACCGUCACCAUCUUCUAGGGAGGAAGAGAGAAAAUCGUCCUGGGACUAUGAGAAGAAUAGAAAAGAAUAUUCGAGGUCGCGGGAUUACAGCAAUGAAUAUCAGGAUGCGAUAAAACAGGAGCCUAAGGAUCAUUCGAGUCGCGAAUGGGUGUCUCCCGUUCCGGAGGUCGAAGUCGGUGGUUCGGCAACCGGGGGUCCAUACGUUCGUGCACGCAAAGACAUCCCUCGUGGAGCGAGAUUCGGUCCAUUCCUCGGCAAAUGGGCGAGCGAGCCUUUCAACCCCCGUUACGCGUGGGAGGUUCGCAUAGCGGGCAGUGGAGUAAGAGGCUGGUUGGAUGCAUCUCACGAAACGAACAAUUGGCUGAAAUAUAUACGAAGUACUGCUAGCUCACACGCAGUGAACAUGCGUCACGUACUCAUCGGCGGUCAGAUGGUGUAUGAGGCUAUUCGCGACAUUGCAUUGGGUGAAGAACUUCUUUUGGGUCUUCGGGAACCGCUUCAGCUGCAGGACAUGUUGGGCGAGAACACAACCGAGGACAGAAGCGAUCGAGAAACUGCCUCUCAGCAUAGUGGAACUGUCGAUGAAGACAAAGAGGACGAGGAGGAAGGAGAAACGAGGUGUACUGUCUGUGACAAGCCGUUCCAAGAUAUCGAAUUAUUGGAUAGCCACCUGGUGACUUGUCAUAGAUAUCCAGCGGAACAGCACCGUUGCGACAGUUGUCCCCGUGCUUACGCUUGGCGGCCGCUUCUGGUGCGACAUCGUGCUAUCGUUCACGGUGAUCUUAGGAACUAUCCCUGCGAGAAUUGUCCGAAGUCGAACAUUCGGCAGGUCUUCACGGACCCAUCAAACCUACAACGUCAUAUAAGAACGCAUCACGUGGGAGCGAGGAGUCACGCCUGCACGGAGUGUGGCAAGACCUUUGCGACUAGUUCCGGCCUGAAGCAACACACCCACAUCCACAGCAGCGUAAAACCCUUCCAGUGCGAGGUCUGUUUUAAGGCGUACACGCAGUUUUCCAAUUUAUGUCGGCACAAGCGUAUGCAUGCCGACUGUCGCAUGCAGAUCAAGUGCGGUAAAUGCGGACAGUCCUUCAGCACGGUAACAUCACUAUCGAAACAUAAGCGAUUUUGCGAUUCCACAACUCCAACCGGUCCACCUGGAACCAUGCCUCAAUUACCGACGCCAGCAACGAGCCCUUUUCUGGUGUAUCCACGGCCUCCCGUGAACUUACCAGGUGGUUUGCCUUUUUAUCCACCUAGUCUGAUGGGUCCCUAUCCGGGAAUUUUCCCGAAUGCUCCGAAUUUUCUGAACACGCCUCUACUUUUUCCGCCGAAAAUCGAAGAGGCCGAGAAGAGAAGUGACAGUCCCAAGAAGGAACGUUUUACUCCUCCGAGAAUAUUGUCGCAACACAAUAAGGUCUCUCCUUCCACGGCGGAGGAAGCCACAUCUACGUUUAGGCCAUCUCCGGCUAGACCUCCGAUUCAACCGACGCCGGAGAGUGACGAUGAUCUAUCAAAGAGAAAAGAAGCAGCUAGAAGCCAUGAACGAAAAAUGGAAAUUGAAAGCACUUCGAAGGAAGAGACGACCGAGCAACCAUUAGAUCUAAGGGUGCAGACCAAGAAGCAUGAUGCGCUUUCAAGAAUUGCGAAUAGAAAAAGCCGCACACCGUCGCCAGCGCCAGUACCAAUGGAGGAAACGCCCGCACCUCCCGAUCCUCCGAAACAGGAAGAAGAUACUGCUGCGCCACCGCUGAUGGAGCUUGAGUCUAAGGACGUUCCAAGAAGUAGCCCGCACUUGAGGACUAGCCUGCCAAUUGAACAACCGCCAACCAAUACACCACCCCACAUGGCUUAUCCUAGACCGAUACAUCCGAUGUUCCUCGAAACUAUGUAUCGCAAUCCAGCAGGAACCUUUCCGGGAUUUCCUAGCGCACCGCCACCUCCAGGAGGAGCUACCCCGGAAUCUAGGCUGAUACCUCCACUUCCACCCUUUGCUCCACCGCGCGGACUUCCUUUUUUAGGCUCGCUUAUGAACGGGCUCAGCGGCGCUAGGCCAGGAUUCGACCUGCUUGCCCGGCCGCCACUGAGCGCGUUCCCUGGUGUGAAGCCAUUCCAAGAAGCCGUGAUGUCGCCCCAUCAUCAUCAUCAUCAUCAUCACCAUCAUCACGUUCACGGCAAGAUGAAGGAUCGGUAUUCUUGUAAAUUCUGCGGCAAAGUGUUCCCCCGCUCAGCCAAUUUAACGAGGCAUCUGAGGACUCACACUGGUGAGCAGCCAUACAAGUGCAAGUACUGUGAGAGGUCCUUCAGCAUCUCGAGCAAUCUGCAGAGACAUGUCAGGAACAUCCAUGACAAGCAAAGACCGUUCAAGUGCCCGCUUUGCGAAAGAUGUUUCGGACAGCAGACCAAUCUGGACAGACAUCUGAAAAAGCACGAGGCUGACGACGGUAGCGGAGUGGUAUCGGUCGCCGACUCGCCUGGAAGCAGUAACGAGAACGAGCGGGAGGACACUUACUUCGACGAGAUCAGGUCCUUCAUGGGCAAGGUUACUUAUGGCAGUGAGAGUGGCUAUGGGUCAUUGCCGCAUCAUCCGGCCUAUAUUCCCAGUCGCUUGCACGAGAUAAACGAGUCUAAGAUGGAGGUCGAAUAUGACGAAGACGAGGACAGCGAGGAAGGUGUAUCUCCUUUAGAGGAGACAGACGGACUGUCGCCGAUCGAGGUCAAGGAAUCCCCAUCGCCCUCGCAGUAUGACCUGAAGUUGAGAGAAAAGCAAGAGAUGCUCAAUAAUAAUACCGCGGAACCGGUGAUCGAGAUUUCGACAUAGCCCAGAAGUCAGUCUGGGUGAUCUAUGCGGUCGCUUCGAAAGAUGAGAAGUACUCGUUUUUAUUAAUGUACAGAACUAUUGUGGGAUAUACGUUCGUCUUAGAACUCUCGAUUGUAAUAGGCGUUUCUUCAGAAAUAACGUCAAUGCAAGAUUACUUAGCUUAGAACGGUCCGCGUAUUUCGACUUUGCAGAAUAUCAAUCAUUUACUUCUACAAAGCGAACAAUUCUCGAGUAUAAUCGGGUUAUUCUCCGUGAUCAUAUUGUAACGAUACCGUAAAUCCAUGGAAGACAGCCUAUAGUAAUAAUUACACAUUGAUAUAUCCAUAUCGGAAUUUUUCAGAGAGAAGAAGUUUAGUAAACCCCAUUAUACUUGUAAAACAGGUGCUCUGUAAAAAAAAAACGUAAAGAACUCGACGAACAUAACAGUCCCCCAAAGAUCCUUGUUACGCUAUUCCUUUUUUACACUUCAUAUUUGUUUGCACUGGAAAAACGUAUUGUAAAGAUCAACGAGUGGACCAUUUAGUCCCCUUCUUACACAUGCAUGCCACAAGCUCUUCUAUAGUCUAGUUAUAUAGUUUCUACAGACUCGUUAUAAAUGUAAACGCGCACGAAAUUCAAUAUUAUCCCAAUUCCGCUCCUCUUUGUCCUUAGCAACGAUUAGACGAAGCGCGUAUCCCAGUAAUAUUAUUUAUUGCUAUAAUUAUAAAAUUAAUUUAUCGUUAUUAUUAUACCGUCGCUUGGCAAAGGAAUCGUACGUCAUAAGCGAGAACGAUCGAAGUGUCUCUGCGAAGCUCUGUGAAUUGUUAAACGGCUUGCGAUGUGUAUUUACCUCGAUCUAAUUACCGAUGUUUCUAGAUCUUAAAUAUACCUAUAUAUGUGCGCGCUAUUCUUGAUUGAUUUAUUUUUUAAUAACAGUGUUAGUUGCAUCGCAGUGUUAGUUGCAACGCGGGCAUCCUUCGAGAGUUCGAAAUUAGAUUCUAAAAUUCCUAUUAUAAGUAAUCGAUCCAAUCAGUUUGAAUCUUGAAGACUUUCCCGAGAUUGUUGGAUUUUGUUAGAAUAUAGUUGAAAUGAUGUAUUAUAGGAAAAAAUUCCAUCUGCUGGAUGCAGGAUCUAGCUGUGAGAUCUAGGAUCUGCGAAAUUUAAGAAAAAUACAUUUUCGCAUCGUGUUCGUGUAUCAAAAAUGAUGUAUGUUAGUCCGCGAAGCCAAAGCGACGAGGAGAAGAAAUUAACUUAAUUAACGCAUCGCGUGUAAUUAUUUACUAUGCGCGUACGCGACAGUGUGUAUA